AUGCAUUUCUCCACAUACGCCUCUCUCAGCAUACUGCUGAUCUCCCCACUCAUAUCCGCGACUCCAGCUUCACAAUCCAUCAGCCAACUCUCCCAAGUCUACGACACAACAGACCGCCUCCCACUCCCAAACCAAGGAAAGAUAGUCGCCCACGAUCCCAACAUAGUCUUCUGGGAAGACUACUACUACCUCUUCAAAGGUGGCGUGCAUAUACCCAUCAACCGCGCCAAGAAUCUAAGCGGACCAUGGGAAUCCGUCGGUACAGUCCUAGACGGACCUUCAAUAAUCGAUACACAAAACCGCACACGUCCUUGGGCCCCAACAACCAUUUACUCAAACGGCACGUUCUACUGCUACUACACUCUCAGUGAGCGCGGAUCCCGUACUAGUGCCAUCGGCGUGGCUACAACCACUUCACUGGGCAGUUCGAGUACGUGGAUUGAUCACGGUGCAUUGAUCCAUACGGGACAGGGAAAUGGAUCAGAGAUCUGGCCAUUUAAUAUAACAAAUGCGAUUGAUGCAUCCUUCAUUACGGAUAAUGUCACAGGCCAAAGUUAUUUAAAUUGGGGUAGCUUUUGGCAUGAUAUUUGGCAAGUUCCUCUUUCGGAUGAUCUGUUAUCGAUUAAAAAUCCUGAGUCUCCUGAUGCGGUUCAGUUGACGUUUAUCCCGCAUCAGAAAAAGAAACCCGAGGAAGGUUCUUGGAUGAGUUUUCAUGAUGGUUAUUAUUAUGCUUGGUUUAGUCAUGGGAAAUGUUGUCAGUUUAAGACUUUCCCGGCUAGAGGAGAGGAGUAUGAGAUUCGGGUUGGAAGAUCGGAGAAUGUGAGAGGUCCGUUUGUUGAUAAGGAUGGAACGAAAUUGUUGGAUGGUGGUGGUACGACUGUUUAUGCUUCGAAUCAUGGGGUUGUUUAUGCUCCUGGUGGAUUGGGUGUUUUAUCUGCGAGUAGGAAUGAGUCGGAUAUUCUUUAUUAUCAUUAUCUCAAUACGAGUAUUGGGUUUGCUGAUAUUGAUGCUCAUAUGGGCUGGAACUAUCUCGAUUACGAGGAUGGGUGGCCUGUCGUUGUUGAUGCGACUGGUGCCACAAAUGCUGGAUCAAUUCUGUCUAUUCAAGUUCCGAGCUGGCUAGCAUUUAUUACAGCGAUAUGUAUGUUCCACCUGUGA